UCUCCUCUUAACCUACCUAGUGGUGACACCAUCUUACAUGAGAGUAGAUACACACACAAUGGGGAGCAGAUCACCUGGAUUCAGAAACACCUCAGCUGGGUACCAGUUAUCAGCAACCAAAUCAUUGGUGGAACUGGCCUCAUCCUCAUCCUCAUCUCCUGCUUUCAGCAGCACCCAGCUUGGAAGAGCUGUUACAGCCACCAAGGCAGCCCGGGCCCGGGAGGAAGAACAAGUAGCCCUGCAGCAGGACCAGGUUCGACAGGACAAAAUUUGGAGGGAGUUUGUGGAGGCCGAAUGGAGGGGAAGAAAGUGUUGGUACCAAAAUUGGAGUUUCCUGAAGGACUAUGACCCAUUGGGCAAGAAAAAGGAGCAGAAACCACUGCCAAAAUUUGUUUCUGUGUUUUCCGAAACAAUCCCCAACACCACCAACCAGACUAUCGGCAGCAGAAUGAACACUGAAUUGGGCAGGAUGCUAGUGAACAUGGAUUAUUUCAUCAACAGUGGAGGACGAAAGAAGAAACUUGAAAAUGAGCUUCAGCCUUGUUAGUGGUAGAGAGAAAAUGCCACCAACAUUUUUUUGCAAGAAUCCAUAUUAAGGAAUGUAGUAGGUGGA